CUGAGGUUCCGCGUCCUGAUUGGCCGUUUUGAAUGUAGCGCGCGGUUGCUUGGAUUUGAACUGCACGAGUGCGGCCGGUUUGAGAGCCCAUAAUGCACAUUUGACUUCCAGGGGUAGCUGGGUGAGGGAGAGUAACGCUGUCCUCGGCAGGAAAAAAAAGACAACCACACCAAUGGAGGAUUACUUAAAGAUAGAAAAAAUUGGAGAGGGUACAUAUGGCGUUGUGUACAAGGGUAAACACAAGUCCACGGGCCGAGUGGUGGCUAUGAAGAAGAUCAGAUUGGAAAGUGAGGAGGAAGGAGUUCCCAGCACAGCUGUCAGAGAGAUCUCAUUGCUCAAGGAACUGCAGCAUCCCAAUGUUGUGUGUCUUUUGGAUGUUUUGAUGCAGGAAUCUCGCCUUUACCUCAUCUUUGAGUUCCUUUCUAUGGAUUUAAAGAAAUACCUGGACUCAAUCCCAUCUGGGCAGUACAUGGACCCCAUGCUUGUAAAGAGUUAUUUGUAUCAGAUCUUGCAAGGGAUAGUCUUUUGCCACUGUAGAAGAGUUCUCCAUCGAGACUUGAAGCCGCAGAACCUGCUGAUAGACAACAAAGGAGUUAUCAAAUUGGCUGACUUUGGGCUGGCCCGUGCUUUUGGGGUUCCCGUUCGUGUGUAUACACAUGAGGUGGUGACACUGUGGUACAGGGCUCCUGAGGUUCUUCUCGGAGCAUCACGCUAUUCCACCCCCGUGGAUGUGUGGAGCAUUGGCACCAUCUUUGCGGAACUGGCCACAAAGAAGCCCUUGUUCCACGGGGAUUCAGAAAUUGAUCAGCUGUUUAGGAUUUUCAGGACCCUGGGGACUCCAAACAACAAUGUGUGGCCAGAUGUGGAAUCCCUGCCUGACUACAAGACCACAUUUCCCAAGUGGAAGUCUUGUAGCCUGUCUUCCUUAGUGAAGAAUCUGGAUGAUGAUGGCAUCAACUUAUUGUCGAAAAUGCUCAUAUAUGACCCACCGAAGCGGAUCUCAGCUAGGCAAGCCCUGAGCCACCCUUACUUCGAUGACCUUGAUAAAAGCACUCUCCCUGCCAGCAACAUUAACAAGUAUUAAACGUCUGAGCGGGGACCCCUCCACCCACCCUUAAUGGGUUAGUUUCCUUGUUUGAGUUUUUCCUUUCACUAUUUUCUUUCUUAUCUUGUAUGCAAUCUAGCUCUGUAAAUAGUCUUGUUUUGGCAUACCUUUCUGUAAUAUAUACUGUAUACCUGUCAGGCUGCCAGACAAGCAAUUUGUGUAUAUUGUGUAUAUGAUUCUUCAUUAUUAAAAUGCACUUUUUGACA